AACUGUCUUGUGAUUGGUUAGAUUUGUGGAAGUAUAGCAGCGGGUAGUACAAUAACGUGAUUUCAUAUUGUUUGUUUUAAGUUUUACUGUUUUAAUAACUUAUUUUAAUAUAGCUGUCUCUAGGAACAGCUGUAAAAUCUGUGUCUGUAUCUUUUUUGAAUAAGGUGUUACAAGAUAGCUGUAUAUUUUUGUGACAGAAUUAGCUUGGCAGGCUAACUUCCCAUUGGAACCACGAUAGUUAGCAUUAGCUUCCAAGGAGCUACAACAACAACAGUAGUAGCCUCACCGAGACCAGCAUGAAUUGUCCACCCACAAAACGCCUCAAAGGCCUUAACCAGGAUGUUGUGACAGCAGUUGCAUCUGAUGACCCUUUUGGAGAUGAUGAGGAAUUCACCCAGGAUGACUUGGAUGAAAUAGACAUCAUCGCCUCACAGGCCUUCACUUCGGCAGUAGUAGCGUCCAAACCGAACGAGCCAGCGCUUGGGUCUACUUGGACAUCCUCUCCAGGCCAAAACAAAUUUGCAAAGGACCACAGCAAAGAGAACAAGUCUGGGAUCUACCAAAUAAAUGCUGGGAAACACAGCAGAGAAAAUCUUGGUAACAUGCAGCAGCAGCUUGGGUCAAACAGGGAAGACUCCUACAGACUCCUAGAGGCCCAGCAUGCAGAGCUGAAGAGGAAGUUAAACGAGGUGAAAGAGGAGAUUCUGUUGAAGAGCGGUGAGAUCCGUGUCCUGAGAGACUCUCUGAAAGCAGCUCAGCAAGAAAAGGAAACUCAGAGACAGAACCAGGUUCUCCUGGAGACUCAGAGGCAGAGAGAGCAGAGCGACAGGGAGAAGGAGCUCAACAAGAAGGUUCUGUCUCUGCAGUCUGAGCUGCAGUUUAAAGAAGCAGAAAUCAAUGAGAUGAAGACCAAACUUCUCAGUUCAGACAAAAACAAGACGGUCUCUCCUGUGGCUAGGACUAGUCCUAAAGUGCUCAGCGCACUCACCCAGAUGUAUCAGAUGAGUGGCAGCUCCUCCUCCUCUCCAAUAGGAAAUGGUUUCAUCACCAAGGAGACAUUUGGAGCGCAGAUUUCAUCACGAGUGACGCCGGUAAAAACUCCAAGAGAUGCAGCAGACAGAGGAGUAUCCAAGAGCAGAUCUGGUGAUGGACAGGAUAUUUCUCAUCCAGACCCGUUCCUGUCUGCCAGACAUGCAAAGAUGCAGCACAAAGGAGGCAUCCUGCUUGGGGUGCUGCUGCAGCAGCCAUUGGUUCCUAGCAGCCUCGGUCUCACCCACCUGCUGUCGAUGAGUGUGGCUGAAUAUAGUCAGCUGUCCAUCAGCCCUCAGCUCCACUCUGAUCCCCUAGAGGGCGCCAGCGCCGUUGGAGCCAACAGAGCUCCUCUGAGUUUGGUUCAAAGCCUGGCUACGACCGGAGUCAACCUGCUGAGUCAGAGUCAAACGACCAUCGCCGUCAGCAACAGAGACAACAGGUCGUGUCCUGGAGCGGUCUUCCUGCUUCCUCUGUUAGAUCUUCAUCUUUCUCAGCUCUGUUGCACUUUGGAGUCUCUUGGCUCCUCUUCCAGUGGAUCAGACUCCACCACUGCCAGCUCAAUCUCAGCAGGCCAAACAGAGUCUCCUGUACUGGGGAGACUGGAUGAGGCUGGCAUCACAGGUUUUAGAGUGGAGGACACUGGUUUGACAGCCCUCAAGCUUCUUUACCUACUUUUGGCUCAAAGUGAUGAGGUGGUAGAAGCGGUGUUGUUGAGGAAGAACCAGACUACAGGCAAGACUGAUCGCUCUUUUGCACACAUGGGCCUUUACUCCCAGAAUGCCUUGCUGCAGUCAUUGCUCCGGUUGUGUGACAGGCGUCUCAGUGGUAACAGUGCUCAGAAAGAGAAGCUCUUCCUUAACGCUUUGAAGACAAUGUGUAUCCUCAUAAAACGGACACCUCCCACGCACUCUGACAGGCUCCAGUGUGUGUUGCAGGUGGUAUGUCUAUGUUUAGCACAAGACACCAGGGUGCAGACGGUUUCAGAGUGUGUGUCUGUUCUCACAGCCAUGUCUGACCAUCCGACUCUGGCCAAGCAGCUCUGUUCCCAACACGAUACUUGUAUUUUUCUUAAGUUGUUCCAUUUGAUUCGGACCAGAGCAGAUACGCUAGCUACACAUGCCGAUUGGAUUUUGCUGGACCUGCAGGUUGUGCGUUUGUUGAGCCGAGUGACUCAGAGAACAGAGAGCUGGACAAGCAGCAAGCCAAGCCCCUGCCAGUGUUACAGUGAGUUGGUUCAGGCGGUUGUAAUCAUUUUCCAUCGUCAGUGGUUGGAUAUUCGCUCUCAAGAGCAGACCUCUGCACCCAGCUCGUCUUGUUGGAGCGACCCAGACACAUCACUUCUCAGAGAGUCUCUACUGCUUCUACAUUGGCUGCUGCUGCAUCACACGAGCUUCUCUGAAAGCUGCCGACCAGUGUUGCACAUGUAUGACCAGAUGAUCCCUGCUGUGCGUGAAACACUGAGCAAGAUCUCUGAUCUGAGUGACAGCGAAGAGCUGGCCUUGGAGGAGAUCUGCCGCUCUGAUGGUGAUGACACUGAUGAUAUGGACACUGACACCGCCUCAUAGCCUGCUGCUACUGCUGAAAUAUGAAGAACCGCUUACAGGCUGAUCAAAUAAUUCAGAAUAAGAUCAGGUCAGAACAGAAACUUUCUGUUAAGUACUUAUCUGAUGUAAACAGAACAAAAAUGAUGGAUCAGAGCUGAGCUUUGACAGAAGUAUCAAACAGUGACGAAGGAAUCAUUUUGCUUUUUGAUGGAUUUAAUAAAAAAUUAGAUGAAUGAAUCAAAGUUCUCAGUGAGCAUUGUCAACGGUUUUCUAUUUUACUUUAAUAACCAGUCCUCACUAAUUCCUGCACAAUUUAAUAUUGUACAACUUUUAAAACUCUCCAAACAGAAAAUUAAAAUCUUUAUUUGGGUGCUCUAAGGAUGUCUUAAAGAAUUUACUGACUCAAAUACAUUAAUCAACUGCAUAUUUUCCUCUGAAUUGCUGUCAGACUGUUUUUAUUUAUUCAUUAUCUCCCAGAUAAUGGAAAAUGGGAUGAUGUCUGCAAACUCAAACAUUUUUUCAAACUCAAUUUUCUUUUAUUUGUUUGGGUUUUUUUUAUUGGGGGUGGGGAGAAGUGUAAAAUGUUUUUGAAAUCUUGCACAUCCAGCAAUAAAGUUGCUUGGUAACUUUU